UCACUUUUUAAAUAAAAACAAAUUCAGCACGGCAGCACUUUUCCCAAGCCUUAUUCGUGGGCUACGCUGUUUGGUGUUUAUUAUUGUGUACCAACGCGCCGGGAGCGGUUCGUCGCCGUCUGAAAUCGACCGUUAUCCCCCGUCCAGAAGUCAAGACGCACAGAGACAACUACCUUCUCCGUAUCUCCGUCUCCAAAAUGCCCUUCGACAAUGGAGUAAACCCCAAUCUCCUCUCUCCGCCUCCAUUAAACCCUUGGCUGAAGCCGAGGGAGGCAGAGAGUAACCCCACGAUUUGUUAGCUGGUAAGGGAGAGCUCGGAAUGUGUAGUGGUAAUGGGGAGCACUGCUUUUCCAGCUGUUGAGUCGUCGUCCGACGGUGGUUGGAGAAAAUUUAGGUUUGGAUUGCUUCUCGGGUUUCUCCCAAUUUCUUGUGGGAAACAUGCAUUGUGUUUUUGAAGAGAAAGAAAGCUUAGUUUCCUGUUUUCUUUGACGGAUCUCCACUGGUUGAGGUCAAUUUCCCAAAGCUAAAUCUAGAUAAGGAUAUGGGAAAGAAGGCACAGAGAAGGUCUUCCAUUCCUGAGAGGGAUAAUGCAAGCUGGAUACAGAGUUUCGUUAGCAUAUUUGAGUUUAGCCAGAGCUACAACCUUCGUAAAUUACUUACAGAUCGAAAGCGCAGGAGUGCGAGAAAUCGUGGAACUCACUACUCGGGCAAUAAUCUCACGGAGGAUACUUUGGACAGAAAAUAUGAACAUGAUAGAGGGUUUGAUGGCUGUAAAGAUACGAUGGUUCUCUCUCGCUUGCCAAGUGUCAAAUCACUUAUAGAGGAAGAAAUGUCCGUAGAGAAAACCUCAAUGGCUUCUGUCUGGAACAUAAAAUCCAAUCAAAAGAUGUUUAAAAACCACAAAAAUGACUCGGAUCCUCGGUUCAGUCACUUAAUGGGCUCUGCUUAUGAUGGUUCCAACCUUAUUUUAGAUUUGGCUGCGUUGAUGACGGAGUUCUAUUCUGUGAGCCGUAAUUGUUCAAAUCUGUUUGAAGAAAUUGGGUUUGAUUUGUUUGGUCCCUUCAGAUCUAAUGCCCAUAAAAAAUAUGCAAAUUUUGAUGAAUCUGAUUCACAGCUUGCCUAUAAAAACUCCAUGCUUCUGGAAGCACUGGUUGAUGAAGCUGAGGCCUUCUUAAGUCAGAAGAUUGAUGAGACAAAGCAGCUUGUUGGAAAUGGAGUUAUACACUCCCAAGAGUUUAUGGAUGCGUUGGAGAUACUGAAUUCAAACAAAGAGUUGUUUCUGAAGCUUGUUCAGCAUCCAAACUCAAUUGUGUUCGGCCAUAUUCAACAGCUUCUGAAACCACACGUUGCAGACUCUUCUAAACUGGAAGCACUUCAUUACUUGGAAGGAAGCGAUCACUCCAAGGAAAAAAAUGAAAUUUCUGAUCAAAAUGGGAGAAAUUUUACCAAUCAAAUGUUCCAGAAGCAAAAGAAACAUUUUUUUUUAAAGAAAAAGGACAAAUUUCACGAGGAAACUGCAUCAAAAAUUAGAAACAGUUCGAAGGAAAGGAGUAAAAUUGUUGUUCUAACGCCACACAUACCAAUGAAUAAUGAUGAUUCAAUCCAAAACAGCCCAUGCUCGUCUCCUCAAUCCUGUUACAGCAAGAAGCAUGAAAAAUCUCUUUUUUCAUUUAAAGAAAUUAGGAGGAGGUUGAAAUACAUAAUUAGCGAUAGCAGAAAGGAGCAGCAUUUGAUUUCCAAAAAAAGCUUCUGCAGAAUUCCGGUUGCUUGUAAAGGUUCAGCUAACGAAUACAGCAUGAAAUCCGAAGAAGGUAACAGAAAAAAAGUUACAACCCAAGCUGUUCCAUCUAAUAGCAAAGCAAAAUCAAUAACUAACUCAAAAGAAUGGCAACAGAAUGUUGAAACUGAAGCUACACAGUGCAAAAUACAGGGAUUAUCACCAGUUUCUCUCUUUCAUGCAGAAUCCUUCAACGAAGAAUCAGAGAAAUAUUUUUCUGAGAUGAUUAGUACUGAUUAUAGCACUGCUAAGUCGACAAACAACCAGAACUCCAACCCUUUGGAGGAAUUGAUCUCUCCAUCAGAUUGCAACCUGUUGAUUGAUGAUUCUUCUUCCAAUUUAAGGCCUGAGCAGUGUUCAGAAGAAGAAACUUACGAUGGAGAGCAACCUAACACAGAAGGAAGAGAGGAGAUUGUUGACGUGGAAAAAGAAAAAUAUGUACAUAUAAAUUCUGCAGCGUGCAACAAUUUGUACAUACCAGAUGGUUGUUCUUCAUGUGAAAGUUGCACUGGUGCAUGUUCUGAGCAAGGCACUCCAAAUGAGAAACCAAGAAUGCUGAUUUCCCCUGCAUCAAUAUCUCCAAACUCUUUAAUCAUUAAGCACGUAGAACCUUCCGAGUUCAUCGUCGAAAAACCCGAAAGGGCGAGUCCAAUAUCCGUGCUUGAACCCUUUUUCUUAGAAGAUGGUACAAGCCCAGACUGUCCAAGUAUUAAAUUAGAUUCAUUCACUACAGAUGAAUUACACAAGCCUUUGCAACCAAUUCAUCUCAACUUCCAUGAAGAUUCUGAAGUUGUGAUAACCCCAUCCAAUCGUCUGAUUUCUCAUCAAAGAAUUUGUUCUUAUGACAUGGAGAUGAUGACUAAAUUUGUAAGAACUGUGCUGGAAAGCUAUAAUUUUGAUUCAGAGAUGAGUCUAGAAAGUUUGCCUUCACUUUCAGAUGAAAUCAGAUCAUUGCAGAGUUCAUAUCCUGAAGACCCAAAGCUUCUCCUGGACUGUGUAAAUGAAGUCCUCUCAGAAAUAAAAGUGAGGCGAUUCCAGAUCUUCUCCUCCUUGUUGUCUCUCCUCAAACCCACAACUUUACAGCCAUUUCUGAAAGAUUUCAUAAUUAAUGAAGUCUCAAAGACCAUUAAGAGUUAUGCUGUAAUUUCACAGGUUCAGUCCACAAUAAAUGAGAUAGUGAGGAAAGAUAUGGGCAGUACAAUGUGGAUGGAUUAUAGGUUAGGGAUGGAGCAUAUUAUUGCAGAGGUGUGCUGCUAUAUAUCCGAAGAGUUAUUGGAAGAGACCAUAUGUCAGCUUUUUUUUUAAUUUUUAUUUGUUAAGUUUGUAAUUAACCAUCCUUCAUCAUGGUGGUGGAGAUGAUGUGAAAAAUCUCACUGGGUUUUGGAAGUUUUGUAAAUAUAUGACAAGUGUUUCUCUUUGUAAUUUUUGUGAAAAUUAUAUGGUGAUUCAUGUAGAAACUAAUUUAUUUUUUAUUUGUUUUAUAGGUUCAUGAACAUGAAGAUGUUGGUUACUUUUGAGUUGU